AAGGGUACAUAUUAGUUCUUCUAAACGUGUAAAAGAGUUUAGACUUUGAGUUAACAUGAUUGCUAGACUCCUAUUUGCGUUUAUCGUAAUUAGUUUAUGGUGUUCAGAUAUGAUUCAAGGCAUGGGAACAUACAAAUAUAUCAUGCAGAGCAUGGCAGGUUGUUCCGGUCCAGAAUACGCUGACUCUGAAUCGCCAUUAAAAAAUGUGGUGUUUAAGAAAAUCAACCGGACAACACAGACUAUAAGCUUUGACUUAGAAUGGAAAAGGCCCAUAGACAAUACUUUGGGGGCUACACUAAAGGCAGAAAAACUUAGUAAUGGUGGAGGAGGACAUAUGGCUGUUCCAUUUAUUCCCUUGAUGGUAGAUCCAUGUAAUAUAUUAUUAAAGAAUUUCAGAAACCACUGGGUAGACUUCACUACAAAUAUGGGAGUGCCUGAGCCUGAAAAAUGUCCAAUACCACCUGGUAACUACAGUUUAAAGAAUUUGGUGUUUAAUACGGAGUACUCGCAGCAAAAUUCGUUUCCUAUUGUCGGACGAUUCCUCUAUAGGACUACGAUUAUAGACCUAAAAACCAAAAAAAUUAUUACAUGCGUAGAAACGAUUACAGAACAUGCUAAAUUGUAAAUUUUAAUAUUAAUAAAGUUCAAUAUACAGAAGUCUAUUGAAUUAGAUUUUACAAAUAUACAAGUGUAACAUUAAAC